CAUUGACAGGCCAUUCAAUAAAACAGGAAGUUAACAAUAUCAUGGGGACUAUAUAUGGUCAAGUUCUAGAAUAUCUUAAUCCUCAAGUCAUAUGAUUGCUUUGUAAUCAAAUUCUGGUUCAAUGUUAGUCCUGUACGCGAAGGACUGUGAAGAUUAGCCAGGCCAACAAAAAGACUAGUUUGUCGAUUAUAAAAUAGUGUCUUGAUGGAUCCAGUUGACCUGCUAAGCGCUUUCACGUCCGGACAUGGUUUUGAAACAAUGAUGAAUGCUCUACUACCAGCUUUGAACAACGCAAACUCAGCGGCGGCCGCUGUACUCGCGCUUGAAGGUCUUUUCCGCAUUGAAGAAAAUGUCCAUAGCGGUCAGUUCAUCUACGAAUUCAAUGUGCGUGAAGGUAUACGCGAGUUUCUACGUAAAUGGCGAUGCGAGUCACCCCUAGAUCAGGCAUAUGGAGGAGCAUAUGGAAGAGCAAAAACAUUUCUUAGAAGUCUCACCAUCUUCGAAACCCUCCAAGUUCCCUUGUUUAUCGAUGAUUACGGAAAAAAAAGGUUAAUGAGCCAUUAUAUGUAUCUUGUAGAUAAACACAAGCAAACUCGAGCAAUACAAACCCAAGCAAUACAAACCAUGUCACGACAGCCUGUGCCGGUCAGUAUCGACAAUAUUGAUAUUGAGGUCAUUCAUAUUGAUCUGGACACCCCAAUCGUACACGUGACCCAUACCGAACAAAAAGACUCAAUAGUUGCAAAUCAAAUGUUCAUACCAAGUUCUAACAAAAAUAGUAUCGAAGGAGUAUGGUUUGCCCCAAAGUCUCAACUACUAAUGGGUAAUCCACCGCUACUUCAGAGUGUGUACGGAAACUGGGCUUUCGAGACGACGCUGAGGAGUUUGGGGGUUGCGGCACCGGCCCAGGUUGUUGGGAUACGUCAAGGUGAAACUGUCUCUUACAAGGACGAGGUCAAUUUCAUCCUGUAUGCAAGUGAUACAGUUCCGCCAUGGCCAGUCACGAAGGCGACCGAUAGUGCUCUAAGGUUGUUUGAAUGCAAUCCUAAUGCAUAUGGUGUUGUCUCCAUUUUCGUGCCGUCGAGAUUCCUGCCACAAGUUCCACAACAAAGAGUCAUAACACAACAAAGAGUCAUGCCGCAACAAGUAUUCAUGCCACAACAACUAUUCAUGCAGGGAGUGAAUACAUUACUUUAUCAAAUCGACCACCGUCGUUUUUGUGUGAAAGAAAAGCGCAACAUAAUUCCUAUCUGCGAAGAAUUAAUAAGGUUUUGAAGAAAGAAGAAAUUGGUGUACAGAAAAGUAUUAGUCGAGGACUUUGUGAUUUGGUUUUAAAUUGUAACUCGGAUCUGUAUUGACACUCAGAGAAACACCAAAGCCCCCAAAGGAAAAACUAUAAGUUCUAUAACAAAUUAAUCAACGCCAAAGUGUCUACAAGUAUCUAAGGGACCAGUUAUUUGGGGGGGGGGGUUUACCAAAAUAUUUUAAGUAUAGAAGUGGGGGUCACAAAAACUAUAUAAUUAUAAAGAUGUAAGUGUAUGUGAAGGCAUGGGUGUUGUUGGCAAACGUCAAAAUUACCAACUGACAAACUUCUGACACAUUUCCCAGACAUUGUCAAAAUUAUUGAUUCAAUCAUAUAGUUCAUUGUUUAUACACCCGGCAUAAAGUUCUAUAGUAUCCAAGCCAACUGAAUCAAUAUUGACAAACAAUAUUAUGCAAAGGUACGACACAGGCACAGCCUAGACCUAGAACCUUUACUCGGCUGGGUUUCGCAAGGUUGGUUAAUUUUGGGCAAUAGCCUGGCUCCCAGUCUUCUCAUGUGAAAAAGCGCGGAAAUUGAUUAAAAUUAGAAGGCCUAGGGUCUACGCUAGCUAGGUAUGACCAGUGAACUAUAAAUAAACUGGAAGGCUAACUCAGGGGGGGAAAUUGAAGCCAGUGCAUUUUAGUUUUUCUGAGUUAUGAGCAGAAAUACUCAACACUGAACGUUGGGCCAUAUAUCAAAUUGAAGCUAUUGAAAAACGCUAUUUGGUAUAAAAAAUUCUAGACUUUAGCUAAAAGGGAAAUGUUGAAAAACUACAAACAUAAUUACCGAUAAUUUGCCGUUUUGCAGUUGUUUUUGUAUUUUUUUUAAUAGUUUUCUUUUCGCUGAAGUCUUGAAAUUUCCACACCGAAUAGCAAUUUUCAAUAGCUUCAAUUUGAUAUAUUGCCCGACGUUUGGGGUCAAGUAUUUCUGCUCAUAACUCAGAAAAACUAUUUUGGCUUCAUCAAAUCAUAGGCCUUCAUCAUAGCAGUUAGCCUUCCAGUUUAUUUAUAGUUCAAUGGGUAUGACACGAAUGUAGUCGCCCUAAUUAAGCUCAAACGACAGCCCGGCUAGAUAAGCUAAAUAAAUAAGCUAUAAUAAAUUACAUGUACUACUAUGCAAUGGAUGGUUGUAUUUUAUCGUUGGCAGUACGGCCAAGGGCGCC